UGUUAUUUUGAAAAAAGUUAACAAGUGUUGAACAGUGUACUAAAUUGCAAAAAUAAAAUCGUAGGAAGAUCGAUAAAGGAAACGGAAGAUGGGUAUCGAGAGUGUUUUGACGAGCGGUUUAACCUCGGCAUCUAGUGGACUUUCAUGGUUCUUUCCGGUGCUAGCGGCAGCGUUAGUUUAUUUCCAGUAUGAAGUUAUGGAUAACGAGGCUCCACCGAUCAACAUCCCUUCAGAGGUGUUACUUCCGUCUUAUGAUUUCAUUGUGAUAGGAGCUGGAUCUGCAGGAGCUGUAGUAGCUAGUCGCUUGUCCGAGGUAGAAAACUGGAACGUGCUUCUUCUGGAAGCUGGAGGCGACGAAACAGAGAUCUCAGAUGUUCCUCUUCUUGCUGGUUAUCUUCAGCUCAGUCAGUUAGACUGGCAAUAUAAAACGGAGCCCGACGGUGGUUACUGCUUAGCAAUGGAGCAUGGUCGCUGCAACUGGCCCCGCGGCAAAGUCCUCGGAGGCAGCAGUGUCUUGAACUACAUGCUCUACCUCCGCGGCAACAAGAAAGACUACGACAUCUGGGAGCAGCAGGGUAACCCAGGUUGGAGUUCCAGAGACGUGCUAUACUACUUCAAGAAGUCCGAGGACAACCAGAACCCUUACCUAGCCCGAACACCGUACCACUCUACAGGUGGUUACCUAACCGUGCAAGAAGCACCUUGGCACACGCCUCUGGCUGCAGUGUUCGUUCAAGCUGGUCAAGAGAUGGGCUACGAGAACCGUGACAUAAACGGCGAACAGCACACGGGCUUCAUGAUCGCCCAGGGCACGAUCAGAAGAGGAAGCCGAUGUUCCACGGCGAAGGCCUUUCUGCGACCUGCGAGGCUGCGCAAGAACCUGCACAUCGCCAUGCACUCGCACGUGACCAAAAUCCUGAUCGAUCCUAAGUCCAAGAGGACUUACGGCGUGGAGUUCGUCAGGGACGAGAAAGUGUUUCGUAUCAGAGCCAAGAAGGAAGUGAUCGUAUCCGGAGGAGCUGUGAACUCUCCCCAGCUGCUCAUGCUGUCAGGGAUAGGACCUAGGGAGCACCUGCUGCAGCACGGGAUCCCGGUGGUCCAGGACCUCAGGGUGGGUCACAACCUACAGGACCACGUCGGUCUGGGUGGUCUGACCUUCAUGGUCAACCAGCAUAUCUCUGUGGUCGAGAAGAGGCUCCACAACGUGCAAGCGGUGAUGCAGUACGCUGUCUUCGGAGACGGUCCUCUGACUGUGCUGGGUGGAGUCGAAGGACUCGCGUUCGUUAACACCAAGUACGUGAACGCCUCCGACGACUUUCCGGACAUCGAAUUACAUUUCAUCUCAGGGUCCACGAACUCUGACGGAGGUAGACAGAUCAGGAAGGUCCACGGACUUACUAAAAGGUUCUACGACGCCGUUUUUGGGCCUAUUAAUGACAGGGACGUGUGGAGCGUGAUACCCAUGCUGCUCAGGCCUAAGAGCAAGGGUGUCAUCAAACUACGUAGUAAAAAUCCGUAUGAUCACCCGCUUAUCUAUCCCAAUUACUUCAAGGAGCCCGAAGAUUUGGCGACUUUAGUUGAAGGAGUCAAGAUAGGAGUUGCUCUCAGUAGAACUGCAGCGUUCAAACGGUUUGGCAGCGAAUUGAACUCCAAACAGUUCCCUGGAUGUCAGCAUAUACCUAUGUACAGCGAUCCUUACUGGGAAUGCAUGAUCAGACACUACUCGGCGACCAUUUAUCAUCCUGUGGGAACGUGCAAAAUGGGGCCCUACUGGGACCCGGAGGCUGUGGUGGAUCCUCAAUUGAGAGUCUACGGAGUUAGUGGACUUAGAGUGAUCGAUGCGUCGAUUAUGCCUAACCUUGUUAGUGGGAACACUAACGCACCGAUUAUUAUGAUCGGGGAGAAGGGGUCUGAUAUGAUCAAAGAAUUCUGGUUGAAGAGACGGGGGAGAGGUUGAGGACAUUCGUGAAGAAUUCUGUGACGAACAGUGAUAUGAAAGUGAUUCGACUGAAAGUAGCGAUAAUAGAGUAGCUUAGCUACUAGAUAGAUUAGCUUAAAGAGUAUGUCGAUUGUAUGAAUGAUUUGAUGUGGAGAUUUGUAAAUAUUUGGACGAAUCUUUUUAUAGAAACUAGAAUGUAAGGCUGGACAAGUGUCGACGGUGGUAUAAAGUAACCAUAGAGAUUUUUUUAUUGUGGUGAUGUAGUGAUGGGUUAGAACAGUAAAAGCGCGGUGCAUUUAUGUGGAGUAUAUUUAUGUUGACGAUGAUUAGCGUUGGAUUAUUUGGACUUUGGAAAUUUGUAGUUUUGGAGAAUUGAAAAAUUAAAAUUUAGAAAUCAUUAAGAAUUUGCACACUUUUUCGGGUUCUACCCAUCACUUAUACGAUAGCCACAGAGAUUUAUUAUUUGAGUCAUUUCAAGUUGCUUGCGCCCGACUUUAACUCAUUAAUAACCAAAGUUGUGUAUACGCUUUCUGCUGUAUUUUUUACAAAUGUUUGUUUUUAUGUACUGGCUAUCUACUGCAUGUAAAUACUUAAAGUAAUGUAGUAAUGAUUGUAAUAGUAGUACUUGCAGUACUUGAAUAAUCCUUACAGUAAUACUUAUAGUAAUACUAGCAUACUUAUAGUAAUAUUUGUAGCAGUACUCAUAGUAAUACUUAGAG